AUGGCGCUGAGUGACCUCCUUUACCCAGAUAACCCUAAGAGAAGGCAAGAAUUAAUCCGUCUGCACCAGGAAUUGCUCGACUGCAUGUCCACAAAUUUCCAUGCAACAAAUGAGCUGGCUAGAGUGCUGAAUGAACACUUGGGUUGUACCAUUACCCACAUUCGGAUGAGAGAGAGCAGCACGGUCAAGGAAAACUGUGACAUUAUGAUUCAAGCGAUGAGUGAGAUUCAGCAUCAGGUACAGAAGAUUGAUAGCGACAUGAAGGAAAAGCUAGAGCCUGUGCUGUAUCAGAAGCUGUAUGACAUCAAAGAGCCUGAGUUGGAGAAAAUUGCAAUAGCCCAUAAAGUUUUUUCCAUUGUUCUUGGAGAAGCGACUUCAACAGCUGGGAUGGUAGCUAUCAAACUACUUAGCUCCAAUCUUAUAACUCUCACUGUGAGCAAGCUUGUUAGUCUCCUUGCGCAGAUUGGGGCAUCUGUUCUUGGGGGAAUCAGCAUCACCAUUCUUGGGCUUGGCAUUGAAAUGAUCCUCCAUGCCAUCCUGGGAGCUGUGGAGAGGAAUCAGCUGCUGGCAGCUGUGAGAAGCUACGAGAAGCACCUGGCUGAGUUUAAAGCAGCCUCAGAAAAGUACCGGCAUGCCAUACGUGAAGUGACUUCUUUGGUGAGACAGCGGGUUCAGUGA